GGGGGUCGAUCAGAAAAUAUGGAGAUCGUAACGAGUAAGCGAAAAGAAGGUUGAUUUUGAUUUAAAAAAGGAAGAGCAAUAACAAGAACUGUUUCUAAUCGUCAAGAGCUUCUUCAUUUCAAUUAUACCUCACAAACAGCAAAUGUCAAACUUUGAUCAUGGAAACACUCAAUCAACUACAACAAAAGAUGAACAAAAAGUAUUCCCUUCUGGCCUAGCAUCUCAUUUUGAUGAUCAAAAUCUCACAACAAUGACUGAUCCCAAAAACGAGCAUCAUCAAGCAACGACAAGCAGUAAUGCCGGUCCAAUGCGUACAAAAAGAACAAGAGGGCCACGUUCAUGUUUGGAGUGUAGGAGUGCAAAACAGAGAUGUGAACAAUUAAACUUUGCCGCUCUCGUUCCAAGUUCAUAUCCUCAACCACCUCAUAUGGCAUGUAGGCGCUGCAGAGUUUUGCAAAUCGCAUGCAUCGUUCCCGAUCAAUUACCCAAAUCGACAAGAUUACGUCUCGAACGCAGUCAAAGUCAAUCAAGCGGUGUUAGAGCGACAACAACCGGUCAGCCUUUUGAGGUAGGAGACCAUCCUACUUCAUCCUCUCGAGAGCAAUGGGACGCGCAACCCUUUACUCCCAUGGCAGCAAAUGCACAUGUACAAAUGCAUUCACAGCUACCUUUGAAUGCAUCUGCAUAUCAGUAUCCCACGCAAAAAAGUCCAAUGGGAAUGUAUUCCAAUUAUAUCGGUAAACCGAUGCACCCUAUUCCCAAUGCGGGUGAUUCAGCAACAUUUCCAGACGAUCAACGUGGAGGAUUCAACAUUCAAUCAGGACAACAAUCAGCAAUGUAUUCUCCUGGUUCAUCUUCGGCAGGCGGAGAGAAUGCCAGACAAUCUUCUCAUCAUAGUAGCGAAGAUAUGAUUGGCUCUUCUCCCGGCUCUCAAUCUCGACGAAAGUCAAUGAACCGGCCUGCUUUUGAACCUCACGUCUUCAAUCCAUUGCCAGUACUGCAUGGAAAGUCUAUCAGCACAUCUCUUCCAAAUACAAACACAUCAUUAUACAAAUCACCCGUCUCGCAUAUGCGAUCUGGCGGUGAAGGUGCUGCAUUGCAAAGGGAAGAAUCACCUUCCUCACAUUCGGCUGGUAUGGAGCAAAUUGCAGAUUAUCCUUGGUUCUAUCGAGCAAGAAUCUCAUGUCGUCCAACACAAAUGCUCGAACAUUUAAUCGAAGGCAAUACGGGCGGUUCGACGUCAAGUCCUGAUCACACACAUAUUCCCACCUUAUCCGGUCUACCCAGACUUGAAGAUGUUGUCAAACAUCUGGCAAGCAAUCAAGUUUGGCUUCCCAAUGUUGCACGAAGGAUGGCUCAUAUCCAAGGCAGCAUUCCAUUCAUGCCCAACUUUCAAUCUCUUUUUGAUGAGGUGGAAAAGACUGCGUUUUUGAUUGGUGUGGGAAUGUACUUGGAAGGCAAGAUGUUAGAAGAUGAUUUGCGGAUACUGAGAGAUCAUUUGGCCAAUCGUUCUGCUCGCUGCCUCGAACGACCUCCUGAUACAAUUUAUGAUAUUUGCGCUAUUAUAAUUGUUGCAAAUUUUUGUCCUAUGAUCUUGCCAUCUUCCUCUUUGGUGGGCGUGAUGGCAGGAAAUGCAUUGAUCUUUGCUGCCAAACAAGCAAGUUACCAGCUUGGCCAUGCGUCUGCACCCGCACAACUGGCCAGCAAUCUUGAAUUGCAUCUUGCAUCACCAGAUCAAGUGCCAUUGCCUCCUGUUGAUUCAACGUUGGUACAAAAUUCUUCUUUAUGGGUUUAUCUUUCGCUACAAGAAGAUAUGCUGGAGUUGCUAGAUGAACCAAUGCCGCCUAGGAAAGGGUCAUCAUUGGAGAGUGAUUUUGCGUCAAGUGGACGUCAUCCGCAAGCCUCGUCUUCUUUUCGAUCGAUGCAAGAUGAUUCACAUGGAACAACGGAAGACUGGAGGACUACCUUGGAACGAUAUUGUAGAUUGUUAAUUGACAUUGAUGCACCCGAUCCGACAUCCUUUCAACAAGAUGAAAGUAUCAGACCGCCACCUUCACCGCCUGCUUUACGUUGUGCAUCAAUGAUGAUGCUGAUUUUUGCUGCACGAGAAACUGAAACAGUCAGAUUGGCGAUGCGUGACUUUAUCGCACAAUUUCAUGAUUCCAUUCUCAUCACGCCCGAUUCUGCAAUCCGAGCAAGCUCUCUUCGUCGAUGGACAGAUCAAGUGAUUGAUGCCUUGGGUAUGAAUAUGGCCAGAGCUCGUGAAGGAUUGAAAACGCUCUCGACGUUCUUAGGUACUCGCGGGGUGGUGAGUGCUAACCAAUUGAAAUACUUUGAGCUUUCGUUGGCAGCAUUGGAAUUUUCAGGUCUGAGCAGGUUGAAAGAUAGAUUAUACGUGAUCGGAAAGACAUUUUUCGGGGUUCCAAGAACAUCACAAGAAUUUCUAGGCGCAAUCUUUCAACGUCCUCUACUUUUGAAAUCGUUUGAGCAUUCAGGAGUGGUUCGAGCAUGCGUUGCUAAGCAUGUUUUAACAUUGUUUACCACAUUGGCAUUAGAUUUACAGCCGGCGAGAAGAAGUACAAGAUCUACAUUGAAUGUUCCACUUUCGGCUUCUAGUAGUACCGCUUCAGCAUCAGGUGCCACGCCAACAAUGAUGGGAAAAUCAUCUUCCCUCUUUUCUGCAGAGACAAAGAUUAGAAGUGGUCAAAUUGAACCAUUGACGCAUUGGGGCGCUCUUGCUCAUGUAUUUCCAAUCGCAAGAUGGUGUGGAAUGUUAGUUUGUUGUGCGACAGUUUUGGUCGAAGAACUUGCGGGAAGGUUCAUGGCGCAAGAAGCACCUUGGGGUGCAAGUGGAGAGUCGAGGCUGGAAAUCUAUCAGAUGCUCUUACGUCAAACGUAUGACACUUUGAUUCUGCUUGAAGAGGAUGCAAUGAUGAGAUAUCAACCAAUCGGGGGAGAAUUGGUAGGCGAAGGAGGAGAAAAUACGAGUCAAGAAUCUGAACAAGCACGUAUCGUACAAAUCACGGUAGAUUCGUUUGAGAAGACGUUGGCUGCCAUUUCCACAUGGCGCAAAAAGGCCUCCGGGGUUGGACAGUAUGGUGGAGCAUUGCGUCCAAUAGAUCAUGUAGGCGCACAUGUCAAGCAGCAACAAAGGCAAGCACAGUCUCCACAACAACCCGUUCAGCAUUCCACAAGGUUCUAUGAGAAUCACUCGGCGGAUUUACAGGCACAACAAACUUUGCAAACACAUCAGCAGCAGCAAUUUCCUCAUACUCAUCGGCUCUCCGUUCCAAACUCGAUGAGUGAGAUGCCGAAUUCCAUGGAGAGCAAUUCUUCUCGCAUUCGUCAAAGUCCGCUUCCCACGCAAGUUCCCUUUACGAGUGACGGAGGUGGUGGUAUGAUGAAUUCUACUUUACAGAAUUCUGCGGGAAUGACGGUAAAUGCUGAACCGCAACAACAAGUUCAAUUUGGAGAUGCAUUAUUGCACGAUAUCCUCUUUACUCCAAUUGAACAUUUCUUUGGUUCGUCAUAGUAUAUAAUGGGUUUCAGUCACAAUCACAAAGGGUCACAUU